AGUCCUGUGAGUUGCACCAAAGAUGGCGGAUGUACUAGAGAAGGAUGGUAGAACUACAACAGAAAGUAACCAAGGCGCUUUGGCUGACGGUCUUAUGCAGAUUUUUCGACCAGCAGUUGAAGAACUGGAUAACAAAGUUAUAAGUGUGAGAAAAAGUCAAGUUGAACUUAGGGAACAAAUUGACAAGUUAGCUCAAGAUUUGCAUCGAUUAUCUGAGCUUCAAGAAUUCCCCAUUGAUCUUGAACCAUAUGUCAAGAAGCUGAUGAACUCAAGACGACGUGUAAUGCUAGUAAACAACAUACUGCAGAAUGCUCAGGAAAGACUUGGAAGAUUGCAUCAGAGUGUUACAAGAGAGACUGCCAAAAGGAAAGCGUUACUGGAGCCUUCGGAAUUUUAGUACAAAUCAUGAAUGGAAAAGAAACUGUAGAUAAAUACUAUACAAUAUACGUAUUAUCUAAAAUAAGUAGUGACCAAUACACUAGUUUAGAGGUGGCUACGUCACACGAUUUAGCCAAGCUUAUAUAAUACAAAAUUAUACAUGUGAGGAAACUUUGAAUAACGGAACAUUCUCAAUAUGAAACGCAUUGCAAAACAUUAACUUGUAUGAAUCUCAAGUUAGAUUCUAGUUUGUUCGUAUUUAUGGCUAAGAUUUAAUCAAAAAUUUGUUUAAGAAUAAUAGAAUCAAACCCGGGGCUGAUCGGUUUCAUAGCCCUUUCAGAAAAUAAUGAUGUUCAAAGUUAUAAACAAUAUCAAAAUGUAUUCCUACACAUCGCAUAGCUUUCUUCAGGAAUAUUAAAAUGUGUGAACAGUUGUCAA